CAUUCAAUUCUGAGCACUUUCUUUGUGGCGGGAAAUGGAGUUUGGUCGCUCGCCGUUCUCCCACGCCGCCUCCGGUGCUGCCGACGGACCUCCACCACCACUGUCGCUGUCUGGAUUUGUAGCAGCUGCCAGUAGCGGCAAUGGCCCGGACGAUGCGACAGACUGGACAAUGACAGAGCUGCGCAAUCUCGACGCGCUGAUGCGAUGCGCGGUCUGUCUCGAGUUUUUCAACACGGCCAUGAUGGUGACGCACUGUUCCCAUACAUUCUGCUCGUUGUGUGUCCGUCGGCACGUUGAGGCUGACGGUCGCUGUCCUUCUUGUCUCAAGGCGACAUCCUCGCUCGACCUCAAGAACAAUCGAUUGUUAGACGACCUCGUAGCUGCAUUCGUACAUGCUAGACCUCGGUUGCUUGAGCUGCAACGAUCAUCCAAUACGACGAUGGCGAUGACGACAGGCGCACAAGCUAUACCAAGUAGUGGAAGCCCCGGAGUAGCACCUCCGAUCGUCACAGGAUCGGCAGACCAUCAUCGCCGACCAUCUCAAACUGUUAACACUCAACCCGCUUCUUCGUUCGUCCUUCGGUCCACCGCUCACGGUACAGCAGCAGCAGCGUCGUCAGCGAAUGCGGCGUCUCUUGGAAGUAUUGCUGCUUCUGCUGCUGCCACGGGUACAUUUGCUCCCAGCACCGGAGCGUCGCGAAGCCCUCCGUCAGAUUUCGACGACGCAGACUACAUGCCUUCUCGGUCUGCAGCCCAGAGGACUAUCACAACCACAACACCAACAACAACAACAACGUCGACAUACUUUCAAGCUCGCAACCAAAACGCUGCACCGACGGUUCCGGCCAAAGAUGCAGUUGCGUGCCCUGUUUGUUCGCAACUCGUGGCUGGUGCGACCAUCAACGUACAUCUUGAUGCUUGUCUCAAUGGUUUGGAGGCGUCAAAUCCACGCAGAGUUUUCGGCAGCAACAACGCCGGGACUCCUUCGCCACCCGAAGUACAGCCACCCACCACUCGCGCAUCCUCCGUUUCACCCUCUUCUGAGCGCCGUCAACCGCUCGCAAAGCCUGUUUAUAAUGUGAUGACUGAGAAAAAUCUCCGGAAAGCUCUGAAGGAUCACGGUCUUUCUUCGACUGGCGAUCGUUCGCUGUUGAUUUGGCGACACAAGGAAUUCGUGCUGCAGUACAAUGCUCAGUGCGACGCAUUGCAUCCCAAGCCCAUGUCUUGGAUUCUGCAGCAGGUGGAAAAAGAGGAAAAGCACGCUGGCAAGGAGCGAGAGCGUGAUCGAGCGCAAUUACUAGAGCGCGACAAGGAGAAGGAAAAACUUGAGACGCUUAGUCGACUCCAUCAGCAGCGCAAGCUGCUCGCUCCUCUGAGCGAUCUUUCGCGCUCGUCCACUCCUACUACUGAUGCAAGUACCACUCCAACCACGCCCGGCGCAAUAUUUUUGGAUGCUACGCAAGCUGCUGAACAAGCCGCCGCCGCAGCUGCUGCCUCUGCCGCGAACAAUAGCACUCCAGUCGUGGAGCAAAAUCGUGGAUACGUUCAGCAACACGCUUCUCAAUUUGCGGCACUUAUUCAGCAAGUUCGACAGCAGAAGCGGAAGCUUCAGGCAACAUCAACGGCCGAUUCGGAGGAAAAUCCCGCUCCCGAGAUUGACGACGACGACGACUCGACAGGGAUGCGAAAGCGAUUUCACUCGUCGACCGAGUCGACCAGCUCCACUGCACCAGUCAUGCACAGUACCAACGCAGCGGACGAGGCCGUGUACGCCGCUGAAAGUCCAGAGGCGGCCCCAGCGCCGGCAAUGGUCGUGGAUGAUCAAGACGAGUUCCAGUUUUUGGACGAUGACGACGUUAUUUUAACUCAGGCCGCAAGUGUGGCAGAAGCAACUGCUGCUGUCGCGACGACUGCUCUAGCUGCUGCGGCAUCUCCCUCCGAGCGCUCCUCACCCGCUUUUAGUGACAGUAGCAAUCAUUCCCCUCGCCGCCGAACACGCCGAGCAACAUCCAGUGAUAGGGCGUUGGAUCCUCCAAUUCCGACAACGACUCGACCAAAGCGGACAUUAUCACGGUUGCGGGCUUCCCAAGAGAUGACUCCAUGAACACUACAACAGCAGGCUUUUGGCAGUUUGAUGUAGAAGGUGUCAAGUCGAAUUAUUAUUGCGUUAACGUAACGAUACAGCUAGCUCCAAGAUCAAUCAAAGAGCAAAAGCGUUCAUAAAACUAC